AUGCUCUACAGAGCCAAAACCACAGCCAAAACCACAGCCAAUACCACAGCCAAUACCACAGCCAAAACCACAGCCAAUACCACAGCCAAUACCACAGCCAAUACCACAGCCAAAACCACAGCCAAAACCACAGCCAAUACCACAGCCAAAACCACAGCCAAUAUCACAGCCAAAACCACAGCCAAAACCACAGCCAAUACCACAGCCAAUACCACAGCCAAUACCACAGCCAAUACCACAGCCAAUACCACAGCCAAAACCACAGCCAAUACCACAGCCAAUACCACAGCCAAAACCACAGCCAAAACCACAGCCAAAACCACAGCCAAUACCACAGCCAAAACCACAGCCAAUACCACAGCCAAAACCACAGCCAAUACCACAGCCAAAACCACAGCCAAUACCACAGCCAAAACCACAGCCAAUACCACAGCCAAUACCACAGCCAAAACCACAGCCAAAACCACAGCCAAUACCACAGCCAAUACCACAGCCAAAACCACAGCCAAUACCACAGCCAAAACCACAGCCAAAACCACAGCCAAUACCACAGCCAAAACCACAGCCAAUACCACAGCCAAUACCACAGCCAAAACCACAGCCAAUACCACAGCCAAAACCACAGCCAAAACCACAGCCAAUACCACAGCCAAAACCACAGCCAAUACCACAGCCAAUACCACAGCCAAUACCACAGCCAAUACCACAGCCAAUACCACAGCCAAAACCACAGCCAACACCACAGCCAAAACCACAGCCAAAACCACAGCCAAUACCACAGCCAAUAUCACAGCCAAUACCACAGCCAAAACCACAGCCAAUACCACAGCCAAUACCACAGCCAAUACCACAGCCAAUACCACAGCCAAUACCACAGCCAAAACCACAGCCAAUACCACAACGGCUGCCACAGCCAAAACUACAGCCAAAACCACAGCCAAUACCACAGCCAAAACCACAGCCAAUACCACAGCCAAUACCACAGCCAAUACCACAGCCAAAACCACAGCCAAUACCACAGCCAAUACCACAGCCAAUACCACAGCCAAAACCACAGCCAACACCACAGCCAAAACCACAGCCAAUACCACAGCCAAAACCACAGCCAAAACCACAGCCAAUACCACAGCCAAUACCACAGCCAAAACCACAGCCAAUACCACAGCCAAAACCACAGCCAAAACCACAGCCAAAACCACAGCCAAUACCACAGCCAAUACCACAGCCAAAACCACAGCCAAAACCACAGCCAAAACCACAGCCAAUACCACAGCCAAUACCACAGCCAAUACCACAGCCAAUACCACAGCCAAAACCACAGCCAAAACCACAGCCAAUACCACAGCCAAUACCACAGCCAAAACCACAGCCAAUACCACCACAGCCAAUACCACAGCCAAUACCACAGCCAAUACCACAGCCAAUACCACAGCCAAUACCACAGCCAAUACCACAGCCAAUACCACAGCCAAUACCACAGCCAAUACCACAGCCAAUACCACAGCCAAUACCACAGCCAAAACCACAGCCAAUACCACAGCCAAAACCACAGCCAAAACCACAGCCAAAACCACAGCCAAUACCACAGCCAAUACCACAGCCAAAACCACAGCCAAAACCACAGCCAAAACCACAGCCAAUACCACAGCCAAUACCACAGCCAAUACCACAGCCAAUACCACAGCCAAAACCACAGCCAAAACCACAGCCAAUACCACAGCCAAUACCACAGCCAAAACCACAGCCAAUACCACCACAGCCAAUACCACAGCCAAUACCACAGCCAAUACCACAGCCAAUACCACAGCCAAUAUCACAGCCAAUACCACAGCCAAUACCACAGCCAAAACCACAGCCAAUACCACAGCCAAUACCACAGCCAAUACCACAGCCAAUACCACAGCCAAUACCACAGCCAAAACCACAGCCAAUACCACAGCCAAAACCACAGCCAAUACCACAGCCAAUACCACAGCCAAAACCACAGCCAAAACCACAGCCAAUACCACAGCCAAUACCACAGCCAAUACCACAGCCAAUACCACAGCCAAAACCACAGCCAAAACCACAGCCAAAACCACAGCCAAUACCACAGCCAAUACCACAGCCAAUACCACAGCCAAUACCACAGCCAAUGCCACAGCCAAUACCACAGCCAAAACCACAGCCAAUACCACAGCCAAUACCACAGCCAAUACCACAGCCAAAACCACAGCCAAUACCACAGCCAAAACCACAGCCAAUACCACAGCCAAUACCACAGCCAAUACCACAGCCAAAACCACAGCCAAUACCACAGCCAAAACCACAGCCAGACAUUGUUUUUACACUCCUAUGAAUAGUAUUAAAAUCAAAUUAUAA